UCUAAUUUUUAAGGGAAAAAUAUACUUGCCGGAGAGAAAGGAGUGAAAAUGACAACGGCAUCGUUUAGCGGUUCGAACACGGCGGCAGUGGCGGCAGCCGCUGCAGUUAAGACGGUUUUGAUCACCGGAGUGAGCAGAGGGCUUGGCAGAGCCUUAGCUCUCGAGUUUUCCAAGAGAGGCCACUCCGUAAUCGGGUGUUCCCGCUCCCAAGACAAACUCAACUCUCUCCAAUCGGAGCUCUCCUCGCCUGACCGUCACCUCCUCCUCAGUGUUGAUGUGAAGUCAGAUAAUAGCGUUAUGGAGCUGGCUCGAAUUUUGGUGGAAAAGAAGUUUGUUCCUGACAUAAUCGUAAACAACGCAGGUACAAUCAAUAAAAACAACAGAAUUUGGGAGGUUCCUGUAGAAGAGUUUGAUACUGUCAUUGAUACAAAUGUCAAAGGGAUUGCAAAUGUGUUACGCCACUUUAUCCCGUUGAUGCUUCCCAAAAGUCGAGGGAUUAUAGUUAAUAUGUCUUCUGGAUGGGGACGUUCUGGUGCUGCUUUGGUUGCACCAUAUUGUGCCUCAAAGUGGGCUGUUGUGGGUUUAAGCAGAGCAGUGGCUAAGGAGAUGCCUGAUGGGUUUGCUGUUGUAGCACUUAAUCCAGGUGUGAUUAAUACAGAGAUGCUUCAAUCUUGCUUUGGAAGUUCAGCCUCGGUAUAUCAGACACCUGAAGCAUGGUCAUUGAAGGCAGCUACUAUGAUAAUCAAUCUCACUGCAGCAGACAAUGGCGCGUCCCUCACCGUCUGACAAAAUACAAUUGAUGUUUUUAGAUUUGAUUCAUCUCAUAGUUAUUAUAAGCCUUUGAACAAUCAAUUCGGGAAUUUCCUUGCAAUGCAUGUGAAGAAAUUAUAAUUGUAGAUCCAUGCCGCUUCUCUAAACAAAUGUUUCAAUAGGUAAGACCAAUUUCUUUCAUUGAUAAAAUUCAUUGACUUACAGAUUGCAAGGACUUUUUUCCGGCUAAAAAUCAUGAGUUUGGUAAUGAACAAGAUAGUUAUAACAAAA